CCAGCAGCAAGCCAGCAGCAAGCCAGCAGCAAGCCAGCAGCAAGCCAGCAGCAAGCCAGCAGCAGAAUUAUCUCCCAGGACAUCUCUGGCGGUCGCGACGACAGAAGAAGCCAUGGAGCUUGUGGGGGAUCAUCUGAAAGGCGCCGUGGCGUUCUACGAGUGGACUCUAACCUUCGCAGACAAGCGUGUGGCAGACUGGCCGCUCAUGCAGUCGCCGCUGCCCACGCUGGCCAUCACGUCGCUCUACCUGCUCUUCGUGUGGCUCGGCCCCAAGUGGAUGCAGAAGCGCGAAGCGUACCAGCUCCGCGUGCCACUCAUCAUCUACAACUUCGCCAUGGUCCUGCUCAACAUCUACAUCUUCCUCGAGCUCUUCCUGGGAGCGCGUGCUGCCGUGUACAGCUACAUCUGCCAGCCCGUCAGCUACACGGACGACGUUAACGAGAUGAGGAUCGCGUCUGCCCUCUGGUGGUACUACGUGUCGAAGGGCAUCGAGUACCUUGACACCGUCCUCUUCAUUUUGCGUAAAAAGUUCAACCAGGUGACCUUCCUGCACGUGUACCACCACGCCACCAUGUUCACCCUGUGGUGGAUCGGCAUCAAGUGGGUCGCCGGGGGCCAGUCGUUCUUUGGCGCGCACAUCAACUCCAUGGUGCACGUGGUGAUGUACACCUACUACGCCCUCUCCGCCUUCGGGCCCAAGAUGCAGCCCUACCUGUGGUGGAAGCGCUACCUCACCAUCAUUCAGAUGGUGCAGUUCCACCUGUCGACCUUCCACACGGGCUACUCGCUCUACGUCGACUGCCCCUUCCCCAAGUGGAUGCACUGGUCGCUCAUCGCGUACUCUCUCUCCUUCAUCCUGCUCUUCGCCGACUUCUACUACCGCACGUACAUGAAGGCGCGCAGGGAGGCCGGCGCCAUUGGGGCGGCGGGCAAGCGCUCCCGGGGCGACAGAACCUCGGCUCGCGACGCCGCCGCCGCCAAAAACGGCGCCCUCGCCGACGACCUCUCCUCUGGCGCCGACGGGCCCAGGCGGGGGGGAGCGAGGGCCAACGGCGGGCGCCCCGCCGCGCCCGACGGCAAGGCCCACGCAGACAGGGCCGCUGCCAACGGCCGCCCGUCGCAGCAGCCCUCGGCCUCGAGCGGUGGCAAGAAGCAGAAAGCCAAGGCCAAGAAGGAGUAGAUUAAACCCCUUGUUUUUCCACUGUACAGCCGAGCCGAGCCGGGGCUGUGCCGAGCUAGCCCCGUGCGGGAGUCGAGCCCGUGCCUCCGCCGCCGCCGACGUCGCGCAUCGAACGAGUCCGAGACGUGCGGCGGCGACGCGGCGACUCCGAGUCGUGGACUGGCCGACUGUCGCGCGCAAAGAACGCGUCGUUAAUCCCCGUCCCUGGCUCUGCUUGGCCCCCGUCCCCCCCUUCCUCCCCUACCCCGCCGAGCCAGAUUCGGACGUCCCUAGUUAGGCCGGCGUAGCACGGUUUGGUUCUGGCUCGGCACGGCAAAAGCACCCGUGCCACGAUGGCCUGGCACCGGCUUGGCUUUGGAUGUGCCAGUGGAAAAAGGGGGGGGGGGGGUGGUUGCGGUGACGGUUAGGGAUAGUGUGGUUUUUCGUUUCGGCUGUGCAGGAUUAUCAUUUUAAGUUGUCGUGGCUGCUGUAGUUACUGCGGUGGGGGGGACGGGGGGGGGGGGUCCCAUUGCGAGUCGCCGAUUCAGGUUGCCACUCUGGUGGGUUUGUUGUUGUGGCAGGCAGGACUCGCUGGAGCGCGCACCGCAUUCAAUCCUUUCCCAAAUUCAAAAACUAUUUUAAAAAACCUCUAAGCCACCGCACUCAUUGUGGGAGGGGGGGGGGACGGCAAUGGAGUCCACGCGAGCGGAGAGAGGGCGGCGGCGGCAGCACAUCACAAUCAAUUCACCAAUUAGCGAAUACAUCAUUGCCCAAGUUGAAUUACAUGCACGCAUUAUUGCAGCAGGCAGCCAUGCAGCUUAAUAGAUUUAUGAUCGCAGCCUUUUAAAUUUGUCUUACUUUUUUUAGUAUUUCGGCAGCUGUUCCAGUUUGCAUCGUUUUACAGGGGAUGACCCCAAGGCAUGGCUUCACGGGAUUUUUUUUCGCUUGCAUGCGAUUUAAUUGAUAUUUCCAACGUGAAUCGUGGGCAAUCAUCGUCACGGCGAUUCGUCAGUUCUCGACGCUUGCAGUGCACGCAAGCGGCGAGCCGUGCGUUUAAAAAAAUUGCUGCGGAAUGUUACACAAUUUUACGUGUAAAUAUUUCCCGUUUUUAGAAUCGUGGUCCAAACGAAGCACCAACAAUUGGUGUACAAUACAAAUGAGAUCCGGGGGGGGGGGGGGGGGGGGGUGGACAGGAUACAUUAUCGAAUUGUAAUCAUGGCCUCUGAUAGAGAUGAUUCGUAUCGCGUGGUUACAGCCCCACGACGGACCAGUGGGAGAGCUUUCGUGGUCGUGGUUCACCGCUGAGUUUUCCCCAUCGCCCAUUCCAUUGCGCGAGUUCUCACAAACGCCCCUGCUCGGUAGCGCAUGUCCAGUCUGCUCUUCGGUGGUCGCACGCGCGCGAGAUGCUGCCGCAUCACGCGGGGGACGAGGGUUUGCGUGGCUUUGCCGCUCUGGUGUCUGCGGCGUUUCAUUCACAGGGUUGGCCACUGUGAGGCGAUGUCAACUGAUCUUUUAACGCCAUCUGCUGUAAUUACACCAAUGUAGUGCUCUUUCUCUCCGACCCGCCCCCGUCCGAGACGAACGGCGAGAGAUUUAAAAGUGGGGGCUGGCGAACGUCGAGCGUGGGACCGCUCGUCGACACGCACCCUGCUGUCGCUGUCGCGAUCCGAUUAGAAAUGCGCUGCCGCAUGCUGACGUGUCGAAUGCGUUUCCCCUUUGCUCUCGUACCCAACACGCGCAGCGCGGAUGCUUGCGGCGACGGAGGAACGUCGUCUUGCGGGCAUGUAGGCGUCGUGUGGCCGUGGGCCCUGGUCACGGUUGGGCCCCCAUGGGCUGUGCAGGUUCCCCACUCCGUGAUGUAGGUGUGACUUGUGAUGACCAUAUGUACGCAUGUUUGUUGGACUUCUUUCGCACAGUACGUAACCAACCGUGCUAAUCGGAGGUGCGGGGGAAGGAUGACAAACUAAACGCAUAAAGCAAGUUCUAAAGGAAUGAGUUUUUGAUUCGGAAUAUAGAUUGAAAACUCAUUUUUUUACUUCUGGCUUGAUUUUAAUAAGUGCAUGGCCGCUCCAGCGGCUUCCUCGUGACGGGAGUGGCACGUGUGCGGCCGUAGUCCGGUGCUUCUCAACCCUCCACCCCACGGCGCUCGCUGCCGAGCUUCUUCACGGAACACCGACCUCAACCCCCGUGCGUGCGCAUGCGCGGCCCUCAAUUUCCAACGGGGAUGGAGGCUGACGGGGGCCCGUCUGCCGUACCGCGCACGUGCGACCAGCAGUGGGGUGGUGGGUGGGUGCUCGAUCGGCCACUGGAUGACACUGAGAAGGAGGCGAGUUCGCCAGUCCUCGCCUGGCAAGGUGAGGUUCAUUCCUAGGAUUCUGAAAAUACCGUGGAGCACCGAUUUGCGGAGCGCUGCCGUAGGUCUCCAGGUCCUCGGAGCAGAUGUGCGUCCUGCGUGACGCCGGCGACGACGCCGGCGGUGAUGUUUUAUGCUGGAGCACCAAGGGCUCUUGCUCGAUGUUUGUGUCGUAGGAUUUGUAUUUUGUGAUAUCGGGUGUGAGUGUAAAAGUCACGCAUGAUGGGGGAAAAAAAACGUUGUUUUAUAUUCUCAACUUUGAAGCGCACAUGCUUACCAGAUGUAGCUUUUUAACUGUUAUUAUGACUGUGGUUUUGUGUUCGCAUUGUUGAGUGUUCUAUCUCCAAAUUACAAUAUUCACAUCUGUCUCUGAAAGCAAGCAGACCUGGUGAUAAUAAAAUCUGUGCUUUUUAACCGAACCACGGCGUGCGCGCACAACCACAAUCGUCGUUCACCGCUCGGUGGUGGUGACCUCACUACGGCGCUUGCACCAGGUUCGGUGCAGUUUGAGGCCACAUGAAGUGUCAAAGGCUCGCUGAAAAGAGGUCACGGGACAGACCCAGGUGUUAUAGGUUGACGGACUGGGAAGACUUUAAGAUGCAUCACUUGUACUCCCCACUGUGCCACCUUGCAGCGUUUUAGCCGCCCGGCACCCCGCUCGUAUUGGUUGUAGGGUGACUGUCUCUAACUGCUCGGUAGCGUCCUUUACGAGCCUCUUCCAGAGGCCGAUCUUGACACUGCUUGGUACCAGUCAUCUGCAAGUCCAAUCAACUCCAUCGUUUCUGUACCGCAUCAAGCCCAUCUCUUCUCCAGCCUGUGCCGUGCCCAUUUAGCUCCCUCUAUCUGGCCAAAUAGAAGCUGCCUGGCGGGCAUGUGGUAGCUGGGCAAGCGGGCUUACAUGACCCAGCCAACACAGCCUCGCUAGCCGGAGGAGUUCACCGAUGGGACUGUGUCCCAGGUCUUGCAAGGAUCUGUGAACUCAUCACGCAAUCCAGUCGGUUAAACACACAUGCGCCACAUUUCUUGAUAUUUGUAGUUUGAGAUUCCUAUCUUAGGCAGUGACACAAGGAGGUUGCUUAGUUGUCUAUUUAGAGCUUGAGAGUAGAGCAAGGAGGCUUGAGUCGAUUCAUUGAUUAAGAUUUAUAAUAUAUUUGCUGUUGUCAGUGUGGUUACUCAGGCCUCCUUAAAAAUGGCUGCCACCCAAACCUCCUGCUUUCUGAAGGCAGGAAACCCCCUGCACAAGCUGGCUGCUGAUGAUUACCAAAUUCCAUCCAGCGACACACGUGGGUACAGAUGUGACGUUUCUUUCAAGCAAUUUUCGUGUCCAUAGAGGUUUUUUGGGGUAGAUUGCGUAAAUAUAAAUGUGUCCGCUAAACCCACCACCACCCGGCACAGCCAAUUAGUAAAGUUGGUCACGUGAGCGGAACAUGCCAAUUCUUUACUAGUUCAACACACCGCUGUGUUGGAGAGUAAACGCACAACAUUUACAAUUCGAGUACCGUAACGUUUCGCCAGUAAUUACAACCAGCAUCAUCAGGCGACAGCCAGAGUUGGGGAGAAAUCCUCCUGUUUCGGUAUUAAAUAGAGCGAUUUAAAUGUGGUGUCGUCACUGACGCGAUCUAACUAAAAAAACACCCCGAUAAUAUUGGUCGCGAAAGCCUACGUAUUUUCGUGUCGUCAAAUUUUGUUUUAGUCGUGUAACUGAAACGAAUACUCGCUAAGAGAUUCCUGAAAUAAUCAGAUAGCCCAGCCCUGGCUUGAGUUCUCGGAGUAUGCAUAGGGGGGUUUUUCCCCAGGCACUGCCAUAUCCUCCUACCCAAGCGAAAUCGGGAAUGCGAAAUGAGUCGACCAUAUCGUCCCAAAGCAGGACUCCGUUGAUUUGAAAAAAACAGUUGAGAUUCGUUGAGGCUUCAGAGGGCAGCGCUUCUCCCCCCCCCCCUCCCCCCAUCGUUGGUGCCCUCCACCACAGUUCCACCAAAUGUUCAAAUGUUGCCCACUUGAGGUGCCAGGCCCGUUGCGCAACCCCCACAUGCCGGAUGAUUGGCAUAGUGAGCAUUGUGAAGGCGUGGAUUGUGGUCGAGUUGGAACGUUUCGCUCCAAGCUCGCAGCAGCCAGCUUUUGUCCCAUGAAUAUAAAGUGCGUCUGGUUGUAAUCGGCUGUAAAUAUUACGCUUUUGUAGAGUCCAAGCAUAUAUAUACUGUGUGACUGCUUUAAAUUACCGUGAUUAAACUAUAUUAAUGUGUUUUUUAAUUGAACGUUAAUUUAUGAAGGUGUGGUUGUAGUACAGUGCUUGAUAAAUGCAAUGGCUUUCCUGUGUCGGUGCAUACAUCAGUUCAGUCUUUCUUUAUUGGAAGUUUUUUGUAAGUUAACUUUUUUUUCUUUUAAUCAUACCCCCCCCCCCUCCCCAAUGAGCAAUUGUGGGAUGAAUGAAUUGGAACCGGGAGGCAGAGAGCAGCCGUCCUUGCUCCACCGCACAGCUGCCGCUGGGAGAGUUGUUCGUUACGUGAUGGUCAAAGCCGAUUUAUAUUCGGAGCUGCAAGAAGAAACGGAAUUUUAUUUUCGUGAUUAUUAAUUAGUUUUAUUUUGGCGGUUAUAUCGUAGUGUAGGAAUAAUGUUAAACAAAUAAACAAUCUUCAAUCACUAAUAGGGUUUUCCCCAUUUUUUCUGGCAACAAAACUGACACCUUUUGUAAGGAAUCAUGUUAAGAUUAACCACAAUACAGAAAAAAGGGGAAAACCCCUAUUUGUAUAUUUUGGUACUGGCAAAGGAGGCCUCAUGAUGUACAAUCUUCAACCACCCGAUGAGAGCCAAUAAAACCACGUUGCCACAUGGGCAAAUGUGUGCCUGUUGAUUUGGGUUUUCACCAAACCGGCUACGUUGAAGCAAUCAAGAUUCCUUGUUAAUGUGAUACCUACGCGGUUUGUCCCAAAAUAAACCAAUUAUGAAACAUAACAUAGGUCGUGAGAGCCUCCGUGUAAAACUUUAUUUGCAAUGUUUAAAUGGUUUCUUUAAAGUCGAGCCCUCUGAGUCGGUACCUAUCCUCCGUCCGCGAGCCUCCUUAGGAAUUGUUUGCAAUUAUAAUCGAACCCGGACCUGGGGUUGUGGAACGCACGUCACGGUUUUUUUUGUUUUCCGAAAAUGGUUUGCUACGAUUAUGACUGCACACCAUUAUCUUUUGCGUUGACUUUGGAUUUGCAUCAGUUUGUUACGGCUUUAUAAUACAACUCGAACAACAAUCAUGCUACAAAGGUGGUGGGGGGGGGGGCAAAGAUGCAGGGUAUUUUAACGGGCGAUGUACAGAGGCCUGUUUGGCGAAUGACUCCACUGCUGGAUGAGGUUGCUCUUUCCUCUCGCCGUGCAUGGCCUGGGCAGAAAUGGCCGUGCGGCUCUGGUGUGCGAAUAUGUUUGAACUUAUUUUGCUCCGUACGUAGCCAACCGUGCUGAUCAGUUUCUAAUUCGCGGCGCUCAUCGGUGAUCCAUAGCCACGAUACGACGGGAGACUAAAUCGGCAACGCCACAUUUUAAAUGUCGUGGGUUUCCCUUGUAACACAGUAAAUUAGCAUUGCAGGGACGCUUCUACUUACGAACAUUUGACUUACGAACUUUCAGAGAUACGAACAAACCUGUCCGCAUGUCCAGUUGCCAUUUCGGACCGAGUUCAACUGCCGCGCAAUAAACGGUGGGGGUGGCAUCUACAUCAGCAGAGCGUGAAGAACCAGUGGCAUCUACAUCUACAGGAGAUUAUACAACUUUUAAAGCCAUUCCCCGUGUUUAGUGUGCAUGCCGUACAACGUGUUGGAAUCGACAGGAGUAAAGUUGGACUUGCGAACAAAUCGACUUUCGAACAAACCUCUGGAAUAAAUAAUAAAAAAAUAAUAAAUACUAUUAGAACAAAUAAUAGAAAUAAAAUAAUGCCCUAUUAUUUCUCCUAUUAUUUAAAAUUGUUAUUACUUAUUUAUUUUCCUGCUUGACCUUACCGAAAAAAACCUAAGAGUAUGAAUCCUUGCAGUCACGAAAGCUUCAAAUCUAAAACCUCUGGAACCUAACUCGUUCGUAAGUAGAGGAGUCCUCGGAGUACACUCUUUACAAACCCAUUCGGGUGCAAAGCAUAACCACCGUGACCCAUUGUUAUGUCCUUAGCAAUCGUCCAGCCGCUGCAUCGUACAGAUUCGAUUUUUUUUCAAUCGACAAAUAUGCAAACGUGGCGGACCACAAUUCGGAGGAGUUCAUGUUGAUUCGUAACUCUGCCAACUCCCUCCGAGUCGGGGGUUGAGCACCAAGGCGGCGUGGGUGAGACGGCGUGGUCGCUGUCCGGUGACGUGCAAGGCAUCGGCGGGGUGAUCGAUCAAACCGGUGACCAUCGCGCACCGUUCGCCGCCCAGGGCGUCAUCAUCACCGGGGCGCUGUUGUCUGUCUCUCCCUGCAGCCCCUCCGCUCACUUCUGCCCGAGUUCCCCCCUCCCUCCCCCCAUCAUUUAAACAGGAAGGGUGGUUACAAAAAAAAAUGCGAUUGUGCCGUGUACAUAUAUACACUUAACAUCGCCGCCGCCGCCGGCUGGCUUCAACGAGUUGCGCGCGGGAUUGUACAAACUCGUGGCCGAAAUGCGCGCUUAGAAGAACAAUCGUGGACGUGGCUGAUGGGUUCUCGUCGACAGGCGUCGUGUUCGUGUUCCGUCGCGCUCGGUGGCGAGGAGUAACCUGCAGCUCGCCUACACUUUUGACGAUUCAAUAUCAAUAUAUAUUAACAUCAAAGGGGACGCCCCUACAUUAUUCAUAAUCAACCUACGUGUUACCCCCCCCCCCCCCCAAUUAUCCCACCCCACAUUAACCAUGCUCUGUGAGUGACCGAGACAUUGAGACUGGGAAAGGGGGAUUGUGUGGUAGGACCAUCAGAGUAACCAGUCAUCGGCGCUUCAUCAAUGGAGAAGCAGAAACCCCGAAACGGACUCUCAGCCGAAUGUCCUCCACGUGGUUGGCGGAUACAGGCAAGGGGGCCCGAGUCGGGACACGGGGCUAUUUAAUUUAUUUUAACAUUGAAAUAUUUUUGUUGUUUCUUCUGUAAGUUAAUAUUCUAUAUCUUAUUAUUUAUCAUUGAUAUCUCUGAAUUGCCGUCUUCCUGUGAGGUCGCAUCAAUCCGUCCUUUGCUAAGCUCGACCAAGGAAGCCCGAAUGAGUUUGAGACGAACAAACUAAAUUGAUGGAAUGUUCAAAGAUCUGUGGUCUUUAAGCAAAGUUCUCAAUCCGUUUCGAAAGAGAACGUGUGCGUGCAUUAAUAUGAAUGGAAGUCAGUUUGAACAAAUGUUAAAUUUAAUUAAAAAACCCUGUGAUUUUGUUAAAAUAAAUAUAACCCCGUGUGUUGUGACUUGUGGGCGACCCUGUCGGUAUACUGCACAAGGAUAGACGUGGGGUAGAUCCAGACUCACAAUAUGAUCUGUGUGUGUGUGUACGCUUAACUUCUUACGCACCGUACGUUGCCAGCCGUGCUCGUUGUUAGGUGACUGGAAGCCACUCUCGGCUCGCUUUGCGGCUGUGCUGGAGAGCCCUCCCGUGUGUUUUCGCGUUUGUGAUCGUACCGGCAUAUUAUUCGGGACCUCGAGAAGAUCCCGACACCUGCGGCAAAGCGUCGGGACAUCCCCUCGAACCCUGCGCACAGCACAAGCCUCAAAACACGUGGGAGGGGGGGGGGGGGACUUGAAGGUUUUUUUAAAGUACUGCUGUAUGCACACGCAUCAUUUUACUCGUGGCAAUGUCUGGGAAAAUAAAACUUGUGGUGUGUUUUUUAAUGUGUGUGUGUGUAAUGCUGUUGCGACAUGCAUUAUUCCUGACGCUUAACAUUGUAUCGCGAUGCUUAUUAAAGCAGACGGCCCAUUGAGUCGGGAGUUUUUUGACCUU